AUGUCCGGAGCUUCUCAUCCUACCGUUCCCGGCGUCUACGGCCCGGGCACGCAUACCGACACCAAGUUCACGCCUGUUCCUGAGGACACGCAGAGAAUCUUCAACCACCUCGUUUCUCAGACUCCCGGAUUCACCAAGGACCCCGAGCUGCUCUCGAAAGUCAAGUUCGUGGGCGAUGACUACCCCACCCUUCCCGGCCCCAUCAAGGCCGUCUCAGUGGCGGCAGCGCUGCACGCGAUGAGCGGCGUGCUCGCAGACGAGAUCCUGGCGCUCAGGGGGGCGCCCUCCAAGGAGCGCCAGAUCACGGUCGACACGACGCACACGGCCUUCUGGUUCGCGGCGAUCGCGACAUGCUUUCUCGACGGCGAGGACGUGGUGUCGCUGGUCAAGGGCAAGAAGCUGGGCGGGGUGGUGCCCGACUUCGAGCAGGGCUGGAUCGACACGCCCAUGAAGUACCGGUCGACGGCCAUCUACCCGACCAAGGACAAGGACGCGUGGUACUCGUUCCACGGCUCGCUGGCGGCGGUGCCGCUGCUGGAGUCGCUCGGCAUCGACCCCAAGGCCGACAACUGCAAGACGCCGGGCGAGGCGUGGGAGCACAUCGCGCAGACGCUGCGCACCAAGACGGCGGCCGAGCUCGAGUUCAACAACCUGCUGCACGGCUUCUGCGGCAGCCUCUGCUUCACGCCCGAGGCGUGGAACAACAGCGAGAUGGGCAAGUCGCUGGCGCGGCACCCGGUCGUCAACGUCCAGCAGCAGACGCAAGCAGCACCCACGCCAGCCGUAGCCUUCCCACCGCUCGACCCAGCCGACAUGCGGCCCCUCGCGGGCGUCAAAGUCGUGGAGAUGACGCGCAUCAUCGCGGGCCCGCAGAUCGGCGCGGUGCUGAGCUCGUACGGGGCCGACGUGAUCCGCAUCAACGCGCCGCACCUGAUCGACGUCAACGUGCUGCAGCUGACGCUCAACGCCGGCAAGCGCACCAUCGCCAUCGACCUGCGCCAGCCCGCCGACGCCGCCUACCUGCGCUCGCUGCUCGCCGACGCCGACGUCUUCGUCCAGGGCUUCCGCCAGAGCCGCCUGGAGAAGUGGGGGCUGGGGCUCAACUCACUGCUGCGCAUGGCGGCCGAGCGGCAGAAGGGCAUCGUGUACGUGUCGGAGAACUGCUACGGGCCCGACGGCUACUAUGCCGAGCGGCCCGGGUGGCAGCAGAUCGCGGAUGCGGCGGCGGGGUCGGCGUACGUGCAGGGCCGCGCGCUGGGCUUGCCCGAGGGCGAGUGCGUGCUGCCGUCGCUGCCCGUCUCGGAUAUGACGACCGGCAUCAUCGGUGCUGUGGGCGCCAUGCAGGCGCUGCGCGACCGCGCUGUUAAGGGUGGCAGCUACUACGUCCACGCCGCCCUGACGACCGUCAACACCUUCGCCCUGACGCCUGAGGUCGGUCUGUACCAGCCGGAGACGGUCAAGGAGUGCGCCGACCGCUUCCAGUGGGGCCCCAUGCGUUCGUCUGAUCACGUCUUCGACCUGCUGUUUACCGUUUGGGACGGCUGGUCCCGCGUCUUUGCAGACCGCCUGCGCGAGGAUAAUGACAAGCUGUUCAAGCGCUUCGACCGCUCCGAGUUCGCUGGCCGUCGCAUCGCUUUCCUGAAGCCUGUCGUCAGCUUUGGCAAGGAUGACGCAUCGAGCCCCGAGUGGCGCACUCCGAGCGUGCCGUACUGUCUGGAGGAUAAGGCCAAUGUUGCGUUCAGGUAG